CUCUCUCUCUCUCUCUCUCUCUUCUUGUUGGAUGAAAUCAGAUCUGAUCUUAGGGGAUUAGGUAAAGAGACACUUUUACUGGCAAUGCAAUUCUUUUCCUGGUUACCAAGAAAAAAAAGAUGUCCUUUUUUUGCUGAUCUGAUCCUUGAAGUGCUUCAACUUCCCAACCUGUGACAGAAGAAGCCCAUUAAUAUAAACUCUCUUCCGACUCGUCCUUCCCCGUUCCACUCAAUCGGCGAAUCCUAAGGGAAAGGAGCCAGCUUUGCUUUCCUUCUUCCAGGCACCGUUGUAACCUGUUUGGGUAAAGGCUGGUUAGAUUAUUUUAAGGUUGAUAGAUUCCGAAAUUGUGAGGAACAGAUUGCUUGUUCUUAGAAGAAGAUAUCAUGUUGAGACAGGUCUCCAGUCGGAACCAGAGAGCCAAAGGGUUAAGGGUGAAACAUGUUCUUCAGAUAUCCUUGUUGCUUGCUAUCUCUGUCUGGUUGCUUUACCAAGUCAUGCACCCUCAUGACAAGAAGGGUACAUAUGAGGAGAGGAGCUCGGAGAGUUCACUGAAGCUGGAUGAGAGGCAGGCCAACAUUUUCAAAGUUGGCAGGAAGGACCUUCCUCACACAGUGAAGACAGAUUCUAUAACUGAGACUAGAAUCAGGGAAGAAGAGAAUGGAGAAGUUGGGGAUGUAGAGCGAGAAAACAAGCAUGAAGACACUGAGGAUGGAGGACAAGGAGGUGGGAGUGACGACAUUGAUGAACAAAAUCGAGAGAAAAUGGAGGAGGAAGCUGAUCAUGGAAAAGAAAUUGCUGAUGAAGAAGAGAGGAAUAAAGAUAGGAAUGGUCUAGUUGAGGAAUUGGACUUGUUGAAAGACCAAGAACAUGAAGAGGUAUCUCGUGAGGCUCGAGAAAAAAGUUAUGAAGGUGAUGAUGCAUCCAGUGCUGUAGUUCAUAAUACCCAAGUGAAAGAACAUGAAGAAAGAUCCCGUGAGGCACAGGAAAUGCGUUUCAAAGGCGAUGAUGCAUCCAGUGCUGUAGCUCAUUAUGCACAAGUGACAGAACAUGAAGUGGGAUCUUAUGAGCAGAGAGAAAAGAGCUUUCAAGAUGAUGAUGCAUCAAGUGCUGUAGAACACGAUAUCCAAGUGACAGAAUCCAAAUCUGAAAAUGGAGGUUCAGGGAGUGUGGAUGAGAAGCAAUUAGAAAAAAUGGAAAGGAAAAAAAUAGAGAGUGGAACUGUCACGAAUGGAACAAUAGAUGGUUUGAAGGGUAAUGAUUCAAGUGCCUCAGGAUUGGAUAUUUCCAACACUCAUGUUUCAAGUGCCAUUAAUGAAGAUAGUAAGACCACAUCAAAUAAUUACUCAACCACAAAUACAAAUGCUGUUGAGAAAAGAGAAUCAUAUGUUGGAGCUUAUCCUAAACUGGAGGAUGGGUCUUCCUCCAAUUCAAGAACAAAGAAGUCUAACAACCACACAGAGCAGCAGGCUGAUCUACCUACAGUGAAUAUGAUUGGCAAUCAAACUGAACUGCACAUGAAUUCAAUGAACAAUGAAAGGGAACUACAGACAACUUCUUCAACUAUGUUUAGCCACAAAAGGGAACCACAGAUGAAUUCUACAAGUGUAUCUGGUCAAUCAGAAUCUGAGAUCAACAUGGUGAUUGAUACAGUAACUAAUGGUGUACCUCUGCAGAAUGAAUCUGCCACUUUGGAUUCCGUUCAAGAUCAAAAUGCUACAGUCAAGAUGGUUACUCGUGAAAAUAAGUUAGAGAAUAUAGUGAUGGAGCAAACUAAGAAUUCCAAUACAACUGCGAGACCAGAGGAGUCAGGAGGGACCUCUACCACAUCUUCAGCUAGAAAUGAGAAUGGAGAAACUGUUUCUGCUCGAUCAGGCAAUUCUUCUCGUAAUGUGGCUGCACAUGAUAAUGGAAAUGCACAUCCAGAUCAGUCAACCUUACCGGACAUCAAGACAAAAGCAAAGAGUGGUAGAGAGGAACCUGCUGAAUGAUAAUCUGUUUGGAAACAUGGAAACAAUUUGUAACUCUGAUGUAGGUGGUGGGGCCAAGCAAUAGUCAUCUUUUCUCUUCAUUUGCUUCCAUGAAUGAUCAAGGCAACUGUUUCGUGUUUCACUCGAAUAACUUUGCCGAACACUGUUACGAGUUCCACUCCUAAUGAAAAUGUUAUUGGAUAGAUAUAGAAACAGCAUCCAUCUGUUAUGCUUGUUCGUUUCUUCUAAACAUAUGUGUGGUUUGAUUAUGCGGUUCUUUAUUGAAAUCAAACCUCACAUGUAGUAUACUGCCUUGUUUGUACCAUCAGUUAGCUCUUACAAGUCAUUUACAUGCAGGUUGUAACAUAUCCAGUAUAUUUUACCUUGUUCAUAGCUAUGAUUACUUGUUAGCUGUUGAGAUGUUUCAGCA